AUGAUUUCUUCCCCCAUCAGUAGCCCCUACUAUAACUACUGUCGCCCCAGCCACAAUUACUUUUGGCGCAACAACCGCUGCCCAAACUGCUGCCCAAACUACAUCAACCGCUGCUCCAACCACAACUACAUCUGCUGCCCCAACAACCGCAGCCCCGACCACUGCAGCAUCCACGACUGCAGCUCCUACUACUACGGCUCCAACAACUAUGACUGUGACAACAACAGCCCCACCAACUGUCGCCCCAACAACAGCUGCACCAACGACUACUGCGUCUCCAACAACUAUUACUUCGACAACAACAACCCCAACAACUGUCGCCGCAACAACAGCUGCACCAACAACAACCGUAGCCCCGACAACUGCAGCACCCACGACAGCAGCUCCUACUACUACGGCUCCAACAACUAUGACUCCGACAACAACAGCCCCACCAACUGUCGCCCCAACAACAGCUGCACCAACGACUACUGCGUCUCCAACAACUAUUACUUCGACAACAACAACCCCAACAACUGUCGCCGCAACAACAGCUGCACCAACAACAACCGUAGCCCCGACAACUGCAGCACCCACGACAGCAGCUCCUACUACUACGGCUCCAACAACUAUGACUCCGACAACAACAGCCCCACCAACUGUCGCCCCAACAACAGCUGCACCAACGACUACUGCGUCUCCAACAACUAUUACUUCGACAACAACAACCCCAACAACUGUCGCCGCAACAACAGCUGCACCAACAACAACCGUAGCCCCGACAACUGCAGCACCCACGACAGCAGCUCCUACUACUACGGCUCCAACAACUAUGACUCCGACAACAACAGCCCCACCAACUGUCACCGCAACAAACACAACUGCUGCUACAAUCGUGGCCCAAACAACUGCGGCACCCACUACUCCAAACCAAGGCUUUGUAUUAAUGGCUCUACAGAUGAGAAUAACCUCCUUUGGAGAGGUUAGCAAUGCAAUCAUCAUUGAACGUGUUAAAGAGUUUUUUGAAAAGCAGAUCCCGAAUGGAACAUUUCACACAAUCAACGUGGCAAACAUUCAAAGGGUGGAUGCUAAUUGAAGACAGCAGUUCAAGGUUAUGCUGGCAGAAUUGUUUCAACACCAUGUGAAAUGGUAGUUAACCUUAUUCCUUUCUUCAUAUUUGGAAAGACUCCUUUGGCCAUUUAUGCCACUCUACAAUCCGUGAACAAUAUUCCAAAGAAUUGGAGAUGUUUAUUAGGGUUCAAAUUGAUCAAACACAGCCAGUUUAGUGAAUUUUCCGGCGUUAGGCAAAAGUGUUCAAGUGAAAAGUUGAAAAAAGUUGCAAAAAAAUCAAAAAGUUGAUUCAACUGUUACAGUCAAUUGUACCAAAGAGCUGGAGUCAUUAUACAGUGUUAAACUCUACAUAGAGUUUAUUUGUUUUGUAUUCAACACUGAUCAGAUUUAUUUGCGACACUUAGUAGAAUUAAAUUAUUAAUUUAGGUUUUAAAUGUCACUGUACACAACUGUCAUACUUCUUGGUGUUGGGCUUAACUCUUUAGAUUUUACACUUAUUCCGAGUUACAUUGUUAAGACUUCGCUGAGCGUUGAUUUAACACUGAUAACAUUGGGACAAUAUUAACACCAGCUUAGAGUUAAAAUUGAAUCUCACAGAGUCAAUUUAACUCUCAGAAAUGUGCUGUGAUAUAUAAAGAGAGCAGUUCAAGGUUAUGCUGGGAGAAUUGUUUCAACACGAUGUGUAGUGGCAGUUGACCUUAUUCUUCAUAUCUGCAAAGACUGCUUUAGCAAUUUAGCAUGACGCAUCAAAUGUUGUUGCACUUCACUGUGUGGCGGUGAUCUACAGCCCACACCUAGAAAUUACCAGAACUAUCUUGAUUUCCGUCUGAUUUUUUAAUCAAAAAUGUUUUCACUCUACAAUCCGUGAACAAUAUUCCAAAGAAUUGGCGAUGUUUUUUGAAUGUGCAUAGAAGAAUGGAAAGCUCAAACUAAGGAAUAUGAUCUUCCAAAGAGGUUAUAAAUAGGUAUCAAUAAUUCCCAUGCUCUUUAACUGGAAGAGAAGCUGCCAAAAAACACCACACCCAUCAUCAUGAAUGAGGAAAGAUCUCACAUAAACACUGGCAACAAUAAACUCGGUGAGUGUCAAGCUUAUAGAAUCUUCCAAGCAGAAAGUGAAAGCACUGCCUAUGCAUUUAUUUCCUUACCUUCAUUUGGUCAUUAUUUAUUUCUAUUUUUUUGUAUUGUAUUUACUACAAAAAAAACCAUCACAGUUAAGUAUAUUAAAUUAACUAUUAAAAUUAUAAAAAACAUGAAUGACAAUCUUGAGUGGAAGAAUUCAUCUUUGGUAUUUUUUUUCAUUUGCAUUAAUGACUGACUACAAUAUUUUUACACCAUUCUCCAUCUCUGAUCUACAACAGCCAAAACUCCUAAACCAUCCUUUUUCUUUGAAAAGACAAUUGUUCCUAUGAAACAAACAAAUGAAAGUAUGUGAACUCAAUAAUCCAUCAACUUGUCACCAAUCCUUUGCAGCUCCUCUCUCAUCUCCCUCUGUAGAGCCAAAGGCUCCAUGCAAGGCUCUGCUUAGCAGCGCCAACAGGUCAACAGCCCCCCCAGGUCCCCUGGACAGGAAGAACUCUAGAGCGCAAGUGGAGGCGCGAGGAAGCCGCACGCCCGACAUCCUGCAUCCUGGAAAGUGAAUUCAAGGAGAUGUUAAUAGGACAUUAAAGUUCAUCUCACAUCUUCUUCUGAAAAAAGUUUAUUACACCCAUACAGAGCCUGGUAAAGAGGUCACCUGAUUUAUAUUAGAGCUGUAGUUUGAAGUGAUAAGGAAAUACAGACUAGAGAAGCAGGUCAGGCCCCUAUGCCAUCAUGAUCAUACCCUAUGAUACACAUCUUAUUCCAGGUAUUCUCAAUCAGAGGUUUAAACAAUAGAUUCCAUAUGGAAUUACAGAAAUAUGCACAGUUAUGAAAGAUGGAAGUGAGUUUCCAAGACCUGAAAGAUAAAGGGAGCAGAUUUCAUACAAAGACAUUAUUGAUGAUUUUGCAUCAAGGCCAGAAACGUCAGGUUUUAGAUUUAGUUUGUGUUUUCUGUUCUUAGUGCAAUAGUGAAACAGUUCGAUUGUAUUUAGUGUGAUUCCACAUUUGUGUGAUGAAGAAUUUGUGCUAUUUACAAUAUUUAUUCUAUAUUUUAUUUGUAUAUUGUUCUUUUUGAAUUGUAUAUUUUGUGCAAAUGUGUGUUUCCUGUUAUAAUUGCAAGAGCAACUGGAUUCUGUUUCAAUCUGUCUCACUUAUGUUAAAAUAAAAAAACA